CACGUUCUUCAGUCAAACAUGUCUCAUCGAGAGCUCUCGGGGCAAAGAUAUGAAAGAAUUCAUGGAGAAUUUGUCGUUAACACAAAUGUGCCAACAGCUUACCAAUGUUGUCGACGAUCGGUUUGCUCACUUGAAGAGAGAAUUGUCUGCUGAUAAUUCAGCGACGCUAGAAACCUUCGCGAACAAGAAGGCUCGCUUAGAGAAACCUCAAUUUAAGUCAAAGGGCAAUGAGCAGCAAUAUAAUCACCAGCUUGGUGUGCUGGACACAGUGGAAAGUGCUACCACAGCUCUCGAGCAUCAAGACAUCGAUAAAGCUAUCAGCUUCCUACAAGAAGGUAAAGUAGCCAUAGAAGCAAGAAUGAAGCUUAUAAAAUUAGCUGAUACGAACGACCAUGGUUGGCAAACCGUAGCUGAAUAUAUGACUAACGAGCUAGCCGAUAAUUCAGAUGACGAGAAACGGAUCGACCGCGCAGAGAAAACUGCUGAAAAGAAGGCGAAGAAAGCCAAUGCAUCCAAAACAUCAAAGUCUCGGCCGUUUCAGGGCUAUCCAAACCGUAUUCCAUAUCGUAAUUCUAUGGCCUCACGUCGACCAGUGUUCCCUGACCACAAUGGUCCAAGCGGGAAUGCAAUUGGGCCUUGUUAUAAGUUAAGUGGUGCAUCCAUGUAUAUAUCAUUGUGUUUUGCUUUAGAGUCACAAAACUACAGGUCGACAGCCGUCAUACGACUGCUUUGUUUUUACCUCGAGCGUUUAAGCAGCAAUAAACACAAAGUGCUUCAAGCAACAUGUUAUGUGUGUGUGUGUUUAUUCGAUAUAAUUAUAUUAGAUGUUUUAAUUAUCUGCGUUACGCAGUUAAGCAGAUAAUUUAUAUCUAAUUGUUUGAUAUGCAGAAUAAUGUUCUGAUAUGAAUACAUAACUAUGUUACAUUGUUAUGCCAUAGUAUAAAAGGCGUAUACACGCCUUGAUUAUUCCUCGCUGCUUACACGUUCUUCCGUCAAACUUAUUUUCUAUUUAUUAUAUUAAUGUUGAUGGUCAUAUAUGUUAUUCUAUUAUUUACAGUGUUUACAGUACGGUCACCUUCAGCGCAAUUGCAAUAUGUGUCCCCCAAGACCAGCAUCGAGCAGUUGACUAGAAGUUGAUCUGCAGUGUGAGGAGGAAGACCAGGUUGGGUUAUUCCUUUUUAGUUCUAAUAGUGACGAUGUGCAUGCGAGUUUUUGUAGUGAUAGUGUGCGUGGGUGGCUUUACAGGUGUUCAACUUACUGGCGUGAUACACUUAACGCCUCCCAGUUUGUGCAAAGUGUAGUGCUGGACGGUCAUAUGAUUCCAUUUCGGUCCAUUCCCGAGACCUGUUUUUUAGCUAACAAUAAAUCUGCCAGGGAUCAUCCUGACUUUGUCUCAGAAGCAAUUGUUAAAUUACUGAAAGGUCAAUACAUUGAGGAGCAAUCCGAACCACCCUAUUGCGUUAAUCCUUUAUCUGUUGCUAAAGGAAAGAAAUUACGUUUAGUUCUUGAUCUCCGCAACAUUAACGGGCAUUUGCUCAAGCAAUCAUUUCGAUAUGAGGAUCUUCGAUCAUUAUCUCAAUUAUUUGAACAGAAAUUUUGGUUUUUCACAUGGGAUCUUAAAUCCGGUUAUCAUCAUGUUGAUAUUUAUGUAGCACACAGAAAAUUUCUAGAAUUUUCGUGGAAUUUUAACGGGAAGUUGAGAUAUUUCAUUUUCUGUGUUUUACCUUUUGGUCUAAGUUCAGCUUGUUAUUGUUUUACAAAAUUACUUAGGCCGUUAGUGAAACGAUGGCAUAUGAUGUCCCACGCCUCUUUUGUCUAUUUAGACGACGGUAUUUCCGGUCAUAAAUGUCGUAUUGAUGCUUCUGCGGCCAGUAUCAUUCAAAAGAAAGAUUUAUCGUGUUCCGGUCUUAAAACGAAUGAGGAAAAAUGUCAUUGGGAGCCCAUGCAAAUCGGAGAAUGGCUUGGUAUGAUUAUUAACACCAUCAAUUUUGAAUUCGAAAUUCCGCCUCGGAAAAUCGAGAAAGUUAAGAAAUGCAUUCAGUACAUUUUGUCUUCCAAUCACGUUUCAUAUCGAGAACUGGCAAAAAUCGCCGGUUUCACCAAUUUAUUGUAUUUAGCUGUCGGUCCACCUGUGAGGCUUUUUUCGCGGCAACUCUUUUUCAUAAUUUCUCAGAGAGAUUCAUGGGCAGGGCAUUUGGAUAGUGUCCCACCUCUUUUUGAUGGAGGAAUUGAGAUUUUGGUUAGACAAUUUACGUUACCUAAACGGGUAUAACAUUCGGCCAAAAGUGUCUUUAGAACCUUUAACAAUCCACACUGACGCUAGUGGCGUUGGUUAUGGUGGUUAUUUUGCCUCGUUGAGGGAUGUAAAUAUACACGGACAUUGGUCCGCUGAGCAAAGUGGUAAGAGUUCCACGUUCCGGGAGUUAUUGGCUAUCCUACCUGUUUUGAAAACUUCUGUGCAACGUUUACAGCAUAAAAAGGUGAAAAUAUUUUCUGAUAGCCAGAGCGCCUGUCGCAUCGUUCAAGUCGGGAGUAGAAUUUUAGAACUCCAAAAUAUUGCAGUAGACAUUUUCAACAUUUGUUUCAUUAACGACAUUAUGAUUGAAACACAAUGGAUUCCUCGAGCAGAAAACAGGAUUGGCGAUGUGUUAAGCAAAACCAUUGAUUUAGAUGAUUGGAAGUUAAACCCAGAAUUAUUUGUUAUGCUUCAUAGAGCAUGGGGUCCUUUUACUAUUGAUAGGUUCGCCGCUAGUUACAAUACACAAUUACCAAGAUUCAAUUCACGAUUUUGGUGUCCUGAAACAGAGGCUGUUGACGCAUUUACUCAAAAUUGGUCAAACGAAACGAACUGGGUCUGUUCGCCAGUGGCUUUAAUCGUCCCCGUCAUUAGACAAAUGUCCGUUUGUAAGGCCAAAGGUACCCUUAUAGUUCCUCGUUGGCCGUCCGCUAUUUUUUGGCCAGCCAUUAAAACCAAACCUGGAAAGUUUGCUCCAUUUGUUAAGGACAGUUUAGUUUUACCAAAAAUAGCACAGAUGUGCAUUCCUGGUGAAGGGCAAUUGAUAGCCUAUCAAAAGAAACCGUCCGUUUUUACGUCCGUUUUUACAUGUUUUGACUUACUGGCUUUACGCGUAGAGUUUUAAAGCAUGAUGAUUAGGCUUGGUCUUUAGCACCGUGUCUUUUUGACAAAUUGUGGCGUUUCAAAGCAUUUUAUUUAUUUUUUAUCCUCAUGUCAUUUCGACUGAUUCGCUCCAUUUCUGGUGUGAUUGUUCUGUUUAAUAGCACUUUGCUACAGUAUUUGGUUUAUUUGCUGAUAAUGUAAAUAAUGUGUUGAUUUUCAAACACUUCAAGUUUGCAUUUUUUCAGGGGUUUUGGCCACCAAAUUUUGGUUACAAAGUCAUCUCAUCGGUCGUUCGACCUGUUCAUGUAAAAAUUAAAUUUUACAUUUGCCUUUUAACGGCAAGAUACAUUUUCGUAAAAAAAAAAAAUAAAUAAAUACAUUUUUAUUUAAUUAAUGCAGUCUUUUAGUGCUGUCAUAUCGUCGUGUGACGAAUGUAGUCUUCGAAGUUUAUAUUCUAUUAUGAUUUACUUAUUUCUAUUUAGAUGAGUUUAAAAUUGGAGUGUGGGAGGAUUUGUCCAAAAUACAGGAUCCUUCGCUUGUAUCGUUGGCUUCCUCGCUUCCUCGGGUUGUGUUGAAUGCAAAGGCUCGAAAUACGACAGUCCGCUAUGCUUACGGAUGGAAGAUCUGGUCCAAGUCUAAGAUUGGUGUUGCGUACCUUCCUGCUCAGCCUAUGUUCGUGGCGUUAUAUCUGCGUCAAUUCCUGGAUUCCGCCAAGACAACUUCACCUGUGGAUACUGCUGUGUAUAGCAUUCGUUGGGGGCAUAUUUUGGCCGGCUUACCCUCCCCGACAGAGCACCCGUUGGUUCAAUCUACCUACGAAGGCUGCCGACGAAUUCUCUCUCGACCAAGAGAACCUAAAGAUCCUGUCCAACCUUACAU